GCGUGUACAUAGACAAAGGUCCCCCACAUAGCCCCGAGCAGACCUUCGGGGCAAGUGCAGCUUAGCAAAGUAAGCAGCACCGAUGAAGGCCGUCACUGUGUCACACGUAGAGGGUGGGGUGGCCAUCACCACGCCCGGCCGCCUUUGUCUUCCCCAAUGGCGAUGUUUUACAAGCCGUGCCAGGUAACAGCAGCGCGCUAACCGCUGCACCACCGCUCCCCACCCUAUAGCAACACUCUCCCCCCUCACCCAUCAGCCAAUAGCGGUGGAGGACGCGCGCCACGUGACCGAGUGGGGAGGCGGGGCUCUCGGUGUCGUCAAGGCAACGGCGUGUAUACAAAUUCGGUUACUCGCUGUUCGCAAACUCUUUGGUUAAAUGUUCCUAAUUUUUAAACGAAAAAAUACAAAACAUUUUUUUAAAAACCACAUCGCUCGAUAAAGAGUGAGGCCCCCGACAUCGAGAUGAGCGAGUCGGUGCUCGCAGAGCUGCAAUGGGACGAGGGGAUGGCGAUCCCAGUCGCAAACGAGGAAAACAAAGCCUUGGAGAUGGAGCUGCAGAAGCGACUGCAGGAGAAUGUGUCGAUGGAAGGGGAGAGGAUGGAGCAGGAGGAACGACUUCACGCCAUGGUGGAGCAUCUCAAGAACGUGAAACAGGAGUUCACCAACACGCAGGUGCUGUGCCGCGCGCGGGAGAAGGAGCUGGAGACGGAGUCGCACUUCACGACACUCGCCGAGCGAGAGGACGGGCGCCUCAAGCAGGAGCUGCGUCGACUCGACGCGGAGAUGCGCGACGCGAGGGAGCGGCAGAACAACCAGCAGAACGAGCUGUUCCGGGCGACGCGCCGGCUGGAGGAGAAGCGAGCGGAGCUGCGCUGGGACGAGCUGGCGCUCGACGCGUGGCUGGAAGAGGCGGCGCGCAGAGACGAGGACAUCGAGGCGCUGCAGAGAUACGCACGGCUCGACGAGGGCAAGAUCCGGGAGCUGAUGUUGAGACUGGACCGGCUCACGGAUGAGGAGUCUCAAAAGAAACGAUCCCUCGAGAAUGAAGUCACGGAGACUGUGAUGACGCAGGUGGAGCUGGACAAGGCCGCGGAAGAGUUCCGCCAGGCCCAUCGGGAGCGGCAGCAGCUGCUGCAGCAGUGGGAGGAGACGAUUCAGCAGAUGCAGCGGAGAGACCGGGACGUCGAGCGCUGUGCGCUGGACCUGGCGGAAGCGCGUCAGGAGCAGCGCGGACGCAAGGAGCUGCUGCGGCAGAAGCGCGAGUUCCUGGAGCGCGAGGCUGAGAACAACGCGGAGCUAGAGAGGCGCACGGCGGGCAGCGAGCGCCUCGCCGCAAAGCUGCGCCGGGCACUGCUGCAACUGGACGGCGCGCGGGAGCAGCUGCACGACCAGCUGGAGACCCUGAAGGGCACGGUGGAGCGCACGGCCACUGAGCUGGAGAACGCCCGGGCACAGGUGUCGAACCUAGGCAAGGAGGUGCAGGACAAGACGAACCGGCUGCGUGCGCUGGAGGGCGAGCGGGAGUCGCUGCGUGAGCGGCUCAAGUCGAGUCAGGAGACGGCGCUGAGCGCGGAGGAACGGGCGCUGCGCAUGGACGCGAUGUUCGCUCAGGAGCAGCAGCGCAUCAAGGAGCUGGAACAGACUCUGGCGCAGGUGAAGAACCAGAAGUUUGCGCGGGAGCAGCAGCUGCAGGAGGGCAGGGUGCGCGAGCGGCAGGCCGAAGUGGCGAUGGCCGGGGCGAGGGCCUCGAUGGCCGGCCUCGGCAGCAGACUCCAGCGCCUCGACGCGGACGCCAUCAAGCAGAGCAACGUCAUCUACAGCCAGGACUUCCAGCUGGCGCAGCUGGAGCGCCGCCUCGCCCAGCUGCAGGGGGACAUCUCCAACGAGGAGAAGGAGCAGCUGGAGGCUCAGGUGGCGAAGCUCAAGGCCCAGCUGAGCGAGAGGAAUGACACGCACGCGCUGCUGAGCGCACAGCUCCGCAGGGUACAGGAUGACAUAAGGCACACUCGGAGAGACCUGGAACGCUCGUCUGCUGAAAAGGCGGAACUCACGAGCAAGAUUGAGCAGCUGGACCUGGAAAACAGUUCAGCCGAGAAGGAAAUGAAGAAAAUCACGAACGCCAAGCAGGAGCUGCUGGUGGAGGAGAGCCUGCUGAAGCUGGAGUGCCGCCGCGUGCGGGCGCUGGUGGCCGCAAGCGCCGACGGGGUCCUGUCGCUGGAGAAGCGGCAGCAGGCGCUGCAGACGGCGCUGAAGGAGCGCUCGCUGGAGAACGACGCUCGCAAGCAUGAGCUGCUGACUCUGGAGCGCGGCCUGCAGCAGGAGAGGCAGGCGCUGAGCGCUGAGCUGCACGAGAGGCUCUCGAAGGUGGACAAGAUGCGCAAGAGGUACGAGAUCUUGACGGUCGCCAUGGCCCCCCCGGAGGGCGAUGAGGAUAAAUCGCAGGCUUACUAUGUGAUCAAGGCCGCCCAGGAGAAAGAGGAGAUGCAGAAGGAGGGAGACGAACUCGAUGCCAGAAUCCGCCGCGCCGAGAAGGAGAUCCGCGCCAUGGAGAACACGGUGCAGGUGGUGAACGGGCGCAACGCGGCGCUGCGCAGGUCUCACAGCAAGGUCCCGCAGGGCGGCGCUGAACACGAGGAGAGGCUGCGUCUCGAGGAGCAGAAGCGAUCGCUGGAGGAGAAGCUCAAGUUCAAGAGGCGUCAAGUCCGCGAGCUGCAGCACGACCUGCAGGUGAUGAAUGAGAGCAUGGACGAGCUGCUGAGUGAAGGGGAUGCGCAGGAGGUGGACCUGAAGGCGCACAGCGGCAGCGUGCAGCAGCUGCAGAAGGAGAUCAGGGAGCAGCAGGAGAAGAUCGAGCGGGGAAAGAAGCAGUGCUCCAAGCUGUCCCGCGAGUUGCGUGCGGCCGCCAAGAGCCGCGAUGCGACGCUCGCCGAGAGAGACGUCGCGCUGCGCGAACUCCGCGACUUCGGACGCGCCGUGACGCGCCUGCUGUCCGACAGCCUGGGCCAGAGCCCAGAGGUCGCGGAAGACGUCAACGUGUUCUUCCAGCAGGCUGGGAUCACUCUGCCAUCACCAUCGUCUUCCACGUCAUCGUCAUCUUCCAGCAGCAGGCAGAGCUCACGACUAUCUUCUGCAAGAUCCUCUGCAUCAUCAGUCCGCAGCGGCGUUGGAUCCCAGCGAGCCUCGCCAGGGGCUGCGGUGGUGACGACCGUGCAACUGGGACUGGAGCUGCCGCCACCGUCGCCGUCGUCUCCGCACGGGGGCACCCCCGCGGGCAGGAGCCCCGGCCGCGGCUCAGUGACCGAGAGCACCAAGGGAAGUGCAAAAUCAUCUCGUCCGAGCAGUCGUGGAAGUCAGAGCAGCACUCGGCGAUAGUGUCGUCUGUUCCAGCGCAGCCGUUCCCGGCGCGUGGUCCACUCGGCACCCCGAACACAAACUUCCAACACAGACGAAGACAGGGCAAAGGUCCCCCGUACAGCUCUAACAAGUGCCGUUCACAAGUAGCGCCUAUGAGGGCCGGCACGGCACACGAGAGGGUGGGUGGGUGGGUGGCCAGCACCACGCCCGGCCACGUUUGUCUCCCCAGCUGCGAUGAUUACGACAAACGGAUGAUCUAGAUUUCGAUUUAAAGCUUUCGUGACUGCAGGGAUUCAUCUUCUUGGUUCUUUCGGUAAAGUCACGUAGAAUGGAAAUAAUAAAGUAAUAAAAAUAAAACAUAAUAAAAUACAAUUCUCACUAUUUUAUGUUAUUAUGUAUCAUUUUUAUUAUUUUAUUAUUUCCAUUCUACGUGACUUUACCGAAAGAACCAAGAAGAAGAUAAUCUAGACUUCAGAAAAAAAAUUCUUGCUGUGGUUGAUGUUUGCUUGCGUUGCAAUCGAAACGUCGUGAUUUAAUUUAUAUUAUUUUCUACCUACGUGACUUCACCGAAAUAACCAAAGAGUUUGGACAAACAGAUGCUCAUGGGACCGGCUUAGUUCAGAUAAUCGGCACUGGUGUUGAUGGCCGUGAGCGGAAAUCGAACUCGUGUCACCGGGCUCGCAGCGCAGCCGGCUACUAACCGCUGCGCCACCGCUCCCCAACGUAGAACACGGGAACAGACCAACGCAAGGGGCUUGGUGAACCGAGCCUGUACUCCAGCACAGGAGGCAAGAUUGCAAAUAAGCUGACAACGCGCCUCACUCGCUCACGUACAUGUCCUUCCACGGGAACAAGAUGACGUUACUUUUGACGCAUCCCAUCAGCUAGCCGCACAGUCUACUGGGAGGGCGCAAUUUUAGUGAGCGUUGGUUCAGUACAAGCAAAACUGCGGCCCAGAUUUCUUGAAGCGGGGAUUGGCGAUCGGUGGAGAUUUGUCUAUAGGUCUCUGUAUGAGUCUAUGGGUCUAUGUGUGAGUCUGUGGAUCUCUGUGUGAGUCUAUGUUCUCUGUGUGAGUCUACGGGUGUCUGUGAGUCUAAGGGUCUCUGUUUGAGCCUGGAUCUCUGUGUGAGUCUAUGGGUCUCUGUGUUAGUCUAUGGGCCUCUGUGUUAGUCUAUGGGCCUCUGUGUUAGUCUAUGGGUCUCUGUGUGAGUCUAUGGGUCUCUGUAUGAGUCUAUGGGUCUCUGUGUAAGUCUAUGGGUCUCUGUGUGAGUCUAUGGGUCUCUGUGUGAGUCUAUGGGUCUAUGUGUGACUGGAUGUCUGUGUGAGUGUGGGUCUCUGUGUGAGUCUGUGUCUCUGUGUGAGUCUAUGGGUCUCUGUGUGAGUCUAUGGAUCUCUGUGUGAGUCUGGAUCUAUGUGUGAGUCUAUGGGUCUCUGUGUAAGUCUACGGGUGUCUGUGUGAGUCUAUGGGUCUAUGUGUGAGUGGAUCUCUGUGUGAGUCUGUGGGUCUCUGUGUGAGCCUAUGGGUCUCUGUGUGAGUCCUAUGUGUCUCUGUGUGAGUCUAUGUGUCUCUGUGUGAGUCUACGGGUGUCUGUGUGAGUCUAUGUGUCUCUGUGUGAGUCUAUGUGUCUCUGUGUGAGUCUAUGGGUCUCUGUGUGAGUCUACGGAUCUCUGUGUGAGUCUACGGGUCUCUAUGUGAGUCUAUGUGUCUCUGUGUGAGUCUAUGGGUCUCUGUGUGAGUCUAUGGGUCUCUGUGUGAGUCUAUGGGUCUCUGUGUGAGUCUACGGGUCUCUAUGUGAGUCUAUGUGUCUCUAUGUGAGUCUAUGUGUCUCUAUGUGAGUCUAUGUGUCUCUGUGUGAGUCUACGGGUGUCUGUGUGAGUCUAUAGGUCUCUGUGUGAGUCUCGGGUGGAAGGACAAGAGCAUCACCGUUCCUCCAUGCAUCGUGUCCAGCCCAGGCCCAUGUACUUUUCUUCGCAGUCAACUGGAGUUUUCGAAUUAUCGAUUGUUCCCCGCUUCCGUAUGUCCCUCGUUUUGCCGGCUCUCGGCGUAAUAUUCAAAAGGGUGCAUCUCUCCGUUGUUUGCGUAACUUCUCUGCUUUGUUCCAUCUUCGUUCGCGUAGGCGAUACGGACGGUGAGUGUGUGUGUGUGUAUUCGUUUAGACAUGUGAUGUGCAAUUUAAACUGAACUAUAAACUAGUUUUAUUUUACCCGGUAAGGCCCACCGAGCUAUGUAGCUCUUUGUCAGAAGCGACCUGGCCGCAAAUUAUCGCUCAACAAAGUGGCUCAUCACGUGGUAAUGUGGAGGGAAAAGCCGGAGGACCCGAAUAAAAAUCCACGCAACCACGGGAAGAACAAGCUAACUCCAAAUAUUCAGGGGUCGGGAUCGAACUCACGACCUUCUGUAGACCAGGCGAGGUAGUUAACAUCUCCUAGCCACCGUGAUGAUGAUGAGAGAGAUACGAAAACUCCAAAUAUACAGCAACAGGCGUCAGGGUCGGGAUCGAACCCACGACCACCUGUAUACCAGGCGAGGUAGUUAACAUCUCCUAGCCACCGUGAUGAUGAUGAUGAGAGAGACACAGACUCCAAAUAUACAGCAGCAGGCGUCAGGGUCGGGAUCGAACCCACGACCUCCUGCGUACCAGGCGAGGUAGUUAACAUCUCCUCGCCACCGUGAUGAUGAUGAUGAGAGAGACACGCAAACUCCAAAUAUACUGCAGCAGGCGUCAGGGUCGGGAUUGAACCCACGACCUCCUGCGUACCAGGCGAGGUAGUUAACAUCUCACCAUCGCGGCGCCCAAUUUACAAUCAUUUAUCUUCUUUUACAGAUUCGCCUCUUCUUACUAACAGACACGCGUGCUGCAUACAAUGGUGAUGAAAUUUCAGAAGUCUUGCGUUAACUCAAGUGAUUCGUGUAUUUGUGGAAGUGUACACAUCGGUUAACAUUACACUUGAUUAAAAUUCCAUUUGGGAAAGUG